AUUUCACUGAAGUCCCUACAGCCCCGCACACUACUUUUGCUGCACAGCAAAAUAGAGCGUUCCACCUCAGAUUUAUGAGACCACAGAAAGCAGGGUACCGGGACCAUGCAGACUGCUAAAGUAUCAGACACUCCCUUGGAGUUCAUUGUGGAGUACCUCCAUAAAGCCAAGGAGAUAGCUGAUGGCAAUGCCAGUGUGCCAGAGGAGCUGCGCAUUAACUUGCAGAAGGCUGUGGAUAUAGCCAGUGGCUUAGACCCUUACCUGGAGAAGAUGAGUAGCCAAGAGAGUGAACCUCUAGCUGAACUCUUUAGAAAAACAAUGAGUCAUGACUGGGAGAAAGUCUACGAAGAUGGGAAGACAUUAUUUAAGCUUCCAAAAGAGUGUAUAACAGGCCAAGUCGAAGGUCAGGUUUUAAAAAUGCUGGUACACAUGAGCAAGGCGAGGAGGAUCCUGGAAAUCGGGAUGUUCACAGGGUACGGAGCCCUGUCCAUGGCGGAGGCUUUACCGGAAGACGGAGAGCUGAUCGCCUGCGAGUUGGAGCCUUACCUGAAAGAGUUUGUCCAGCCCGUAUUCGACAAGUCUCCGCACGGUAGGAAGAUCAAUGUGAAGAUUGGCCCAGCGAUGGAUGCCCUGAAGGAAUUAGCUGCCACGGGGGAGCAGUUUGACAUGGUGUUUAUUGAUGCAGACAAAGUCAACUACAUCAACUAUUAUAAGUUCAUCAUGGACAACAACCUUUUGCGCAUAGAUGGAGUCAUAUGUGUAGACAAUUCUCUAUUUAAGGGUAGAGUGUACUUACAAGAUACAACAGAUGAAAUGGGACUUGCCCUUCGAGCGUUUAACCAGUUUGUCACCAGUGAUCCUCGAGUUGAGCAGGUAAUCAUUCCCUUAAGAGAUGGACUGAGUGUCAUUCGUAGAGUUCCUCACAUACCUGGACCAGACACACAGAACGGGGUGACCUUUGAUGAGGUGUUUCGCGGGGUCCAGGGGAAGGCGGUGCUAGAUCGGCUGCGUCUGGAUAAGAAAGUGGCUUACGUGACCGGAGGGGGUCAGGGUAUCGGCCGGGCCUUUGCUCACGCUCUCGGGGAGGCAGGUGCCAAGGUGGCGAUUAUUGACGUGGACAAAGACAAGGCAGAGAAGGUCGCAGAGGAGCUCCGGCUGAAAGGGAUUCAGAGUCUGGCCCUGACAGCUGAUAUCAGCAAACCAGAGGAUGUUCAGAGGAUGAUUGACAGCAUCGUCUCCAAAUGGGGAGCCAUUCACAUAGCGUGUAACAACGCUGGCAUCAAUAAGAACUCAGCCAGUGAGGACACUAGCCUAGAGGAGUGGGACCAGACCUUUAAUGUCAACCUCAGAGGAACAUUCAUGUGUUGUCAGGCGGUCGGCCGUGUUAUGCUGAAGCAAGGGUACGGGAAGAUCAUAAAUACAGCCUCUAUGGCCAGUUUAAUAGUACCUCAUCCACAAAAACAGCUGUCUUACAACACCUCUAAAGCUGGAGUGGUGAAGCUCACUCAAACCCUUGGUACUGAGUGGGUUGAAAGAGGAGUCAGAGUCAACUGUAUUUCUCCGGGGAUUGUUGACACCCCUCUCAUUCAUUCGGAGAGUCUGGAGCCACUGGUGAAGCGCUGGCUGUCAGAUAUCCCCGCUGGACGACUGGCGCAGGUGACAGACCUGCAAGCCGCCAUCGUCUACUUGGCGUCUGAAGCUUCCGACUACAUGACAGGGCAUAACUUAGUCAUAGAGGGUGGUCAGAGUCUAUGGUAGAGAAACUUUCUUCUGCUCCACUGGAAUCAAAACAGGCAGGUUCUCUUCGUCAGGAGAGAACUGUUCUGAUAGGAGAAAUGAUGCCACAUUUAUUACUUGAAGGCAAACGCAGUGUUUGUGAACGUUAAUUUUUGAAGCGGAGUGAAAUCAAUAGUAAGCUAAGGGACCAGUAAAGAAAACAGGUGUGUAAUGCACUGUUGCUUACUUUUAAUGUUUUUGCAAGUUUGUAUACAAGGUUUUUGCACAGAUGUUUGAACUUCUUAGGAAUAAACACUGUUUUUCUCAGUUUGUAAAAAAAAA